GGGGCCGAAGGCGACAGAGCUGGGAGAGGCCACUCGGGCGCUCGGGCCGGGAGGGGGACGGGGCGGGGGGCGAGCAGGAGGGGCAGCACCUGAGGAAUCCGCCCCCGGCCGCGGUGGCGCCUCGCUCCGCCCCCGGGGACCGAGCGCGCGGCCCGCGCCCUGCCGCAGAGACGCCAGCCGGCGGCGGCGCUAGCACCUCGGAGCCGAGCGCAGCGCUGCCGAGCCGCCCGGGGCGGCGGAGACCACCCCGACCCUCGCUCCCGCCGGGGCCAGGUGCAAAGAAACCUUAAGAAAGUCCUAAUCCAGAACAAGCUCCCUGAGAUGGUGACUGCCUAACUUUACCAUGAACAUGAUCAAACAUGUUAAUGUCUGAACCAAGACCAUGGGGAACUCAUAUGCCGGGCAACUGAAAUCCGCCAGAUUUGAGGAAGCAUUGCACAAUUCCAUAGAAGCCUCGCUCCGGUGUAGUAGUGUGGUGCCGAGGCCAAUCUUCUCCCAGCUCUACUUGGACCCGGACCAGCACCCUUUCUCCUCUGCAGAUGUCAAACCCAAGGUGGAGGAGCUGGAUAAAGAUCUAGCACACCGGUACACUCAAAAUGGCAGCCUGGAUUUUUCCAACAACGUAGCAAUCAAUGAAAUGGAAGAUGAUGAAGAUGAAGAAGAUAUGUCUGACUCAAACAGCCCACCAAUUCCUUACUCACAAAAACCUGCCCCAGAAGGAUCUUGCACUACAGAUGGGUUUUGUCAAGCAGGAAAGGAUUUGCGUUUGGUAUCACUGUGUAUGGAACAAAUUGACAUACCGGCGGGGUUCCUCCUGGUGGGAGCCAAAUCUCCCAAUCUCCCUGAACACAUCCUAGUUUGUGCUGUGGACAAGCGAUUUCUACCAGAUGACCAUGGAAAAAAUGCACUUUUAGGGUUUUCCGGAAACUGUAUCGGUUGUGGAGAAAGAGGAUUUCGCUAUUUCACAGAAUUUUCCAACCACAUUAACUUGAAGCUCACCACCCAGCCAAAGAAGCAGAAGCACUUAAAGUACUACCUAGUCAGAACCUCCCAGGGCGUGCUCUCAAAGGGACCUCUCAUCUGCUGGAAAGAAUGUAGAAGCCGACAAUCCUCUGCUAUUUGCCACUCCACUAAACCUAUUUCUUCAGUGUCAUCAGCCGUGGCUCCAGAAAACGGAACAGCUAACGGAUACAAAGCAGGCUUCAGUCAGACAGAUUCGCCGGCUCUCAGUCCAGCUAAUUCUGCCAUCAAUCUGAGCGGAGCUCAGGCCCUGACCCGGAACAGGAAUGUUGUGGAACCACUGCCUUUAUCUUUGCAGGCUGUGGGGAAGACUUUUGCUGCAGAAGCAGCAAAUGGGACCAGUAGCCAUGGAGGGAAGAGCGGCACAUCCGGUUCCACUCCAUCCCGCCCCGGGAGCUACUCUUUGUCACCAAGACCUAGCUACACAUCCAUAGACCAAGCUAACAUGUUCAUUUCCGGCCCACCGAAGAAGCGGCACCGGGGAUGGUACCCUGGCUCGCCCAUCUCCCAGCCUGCUCUAGUUGUUCCCAUUCCGACGGUUCGUCCUCUUUCAAGAACUGAGCCCCUUUUAUCUACGCCAGUUCCACAGACCCCGUUAACUGGAAUUCUCCAGCCUCGGCCUGUCCCUGCAGGGGAAACUGUGAUUGUUCCUGAAAACCUGCUGAGUAACUCGGGAGUGAGACCGGUGAUCCUGAUAGGCUACGGCACUUUACCCUAUUUCUAUGGGAAUGUUGGUGACAUUGUUGUGAGUCCCCUCCUGGUGAAUUGCUACAAGAUUCCACAGUUGGAAAACAAAGAUCUGGAACAAUUGGGGUUGAACGGCACCCAUCUCCUGAGCGUGGAGAACAUGAUCCUCCUGACGAUCCAGUAUCUUGUACGGUUGGGUCCUGACCAGAUACCUCUCAGGGAAGAAUUUGAGCAAAUCAUGUUGAAAGCUAUGCAGGAAUUUACUGUGAGAGAAAGAGCGGUGCAGAUGGGCGCUCCGUGCCCACCCAUGUCACCCGGACAGCUCCCCUGGCUUGCUCGGUUAGCUGCCAGCGUGUCUCAAGACCUGGUUCAUGUGAUUGUGACCCCAAACUCUCUGGCAGAGGGCAUUUCAGAGACACUGAGGCUUCUCAGCGAGAUGAAACACUAUCAGAGGCUACCUGAUUAUGUUGUGGCGAUUUGUGCAUCGAAAAUCCGAGGAAAUGAAUUCUGUGUGGUGGUAUUGGGUCAACAUCAGUCCCGGGCUCUGGCUGAGAGCAUGCUUACCACAAGUGAGUUUUUGAAAGAAAUUAGUUAUGAGCUCAUCACGGGAAAGGUCAGUUUCCUGGCAUCACAUUUCAAAACCACGUCAUUAGGUGAUGACCUGGACAGGCUGCUAGAAAAAAUGCAACAAAGAAGAGGAGACAGCGUGGUCACCCCUUUCAAUGGUGACCUGAACGAAUGUGUGUCGCCUCAGGAAGCUGCUGCUAUGAUUCCCACACAAAACCUGGAUGUAGAUAACGAAACCUUCCAAAUUUAUCAACCACAGCUCACAGUUGCCAGAAGACUCUUAUCCCAGGUGUGCGCAAUCGCAGACAGCGGCAGCCAGAGCCUGGACCUCGGCCACUUUAGCAAGGUGGACUUCAUCAUCAUCGUCCCGAAAUCAGAGGUCCUGGUCCAACAAACUCUACAGCGGGUUCGACAAUCAGGUGUCCUUGUGGACCUGGGUCUGGAGGAAAGUGGGAUGGCUCAUCAGAGAGCAGAGAAAUAUGUUGUUCGCCUGGACAAUGAGAUCCAAAGCAAGUUUGAAGUUUUUCUGAGGAGGGUGAAGCAGAACCCGUACACACUGUUUGUGCUAGUUCAUGACAACUCCCAUGUGGAGCUAACCAGUGUGAUUUCGGGCUCUCUGUCACACGGCGAGCCCACCCACGGGCUGGCUGACCGAGUCAUUAAUUGCAGAGAGGUCCUAGAAGCGUUCAACCUCCUGGUGCUCCAGGUGAGCUCCUCCCCAUACACGCUGCAGACACAGCAGUCUCGGGUGAGCCCCAGCAAUGAGGUCCACUGGAUACAACUGGAUGAGCUGGAGGACGUGGGCUCCGAGAAGCUGUACUUCGGCUUGAACGAGUACAGCAAGUCCCUGCAGUGGGGGGUCGCCAGCCCCCUCCUGAGGUACGAUGAAACCUUUGAGAAGAUGGUGGGCACGCUCCUGGAGAGGUACCCCCGGCUGCACAGCACGGUCGUGCGCUGCUAUCUUCUCAUCCAGCAGUACUCAGAGGCUCUGAUGGCUCUCACCACCGUGGCGUCGCUCCGGGACCACAGCACUCCAGAAACGCUCAGCAUAAUGGAUGACCUUAUCAGCUCGCCAGGGAAGAACAGAAGUGGCAGGGGGCACAUGCUCAUCAUCAGGGUGCCCUCGGUGCAGCUGGCCAUGCUGGCCAAGGAGCGGCUGCAGGAAGUGCGAGACAAGCUGGGGCUGCAGUACCGCUUUGAGAUCGUCCUGGGGAACCCGGCCUCGGAGCUCAGUGUCGCGGCUCACUUUGUGACACGGCUGAAGACCUGGAGAGGAAAUGAGCAGGAAGAGUGGGUCCCUCGGACAUACCAAGACUUAGAAGGUCUGCCCUGCAUAGUGAUAUUAACUGGCAAGGACCCUCUUGGAGAAACUUUCCCCAGGUCCUUAAAGUACUGUGACCUUCGACUGAUUGACUCAAGCUAUUUAACCCGAACGGCCUUGGAGCAGGAGGUGGGCCUGGCAUGCUGCUAUGUCUCAAAAGAGGUUGUCCGGGGGCCUGCGGCUGCCCUGGACCUCAGCGGGAAGGAGGCCGAGAGGGCGCCCACCAGUGAGAACGAUGCUGAUGAGCUGCUCAUCGACUUGGAGCGGCCGCAGAGCAACAGCAGCGCUGUCACAGGAACCUCAGGCCAGAACUCUCCUUCAAAAGGUUCCAUCAUGGAGAACGGGGUGAGUUCCUCUAGCAUGGCUGGCAAACCCCAGCAGCAGCCUCCGACCCCCGGCUUCCAGAGCCCCAGCACCAGCGCGCGACUGGAUGAAGGGGUGUCUGCCCGCGCUGCGGCGGCUGGGGAGGUCCUGCGGCAGGAGUGUGACUCCCUGGGCCCUCCGAUGGCCAGCAGCACCACCUCCAAGCCUUCAUCGUCAUGCUGGAGUGCCCAGGCCCUCGCCUGGUCAGGGCAGCCCCACAGAGGCUGCCAGGGCCCGCACACAGCCCUGCCCCCCGUGGUGAUUCUAUCCAAAGCCGCCUACAGACUGCUGGGAUCCCAGAAGGGGGGCAGGCUGCCACCCUCCUCGUCCUUGCUGCCCCACGCUGACGUGGCCUGGGUGAGCUCCCUGCGGCCAGGCCUGCACAAGGACAUGAGCAGCGAGGAGCAGUCCCUCUACUACCGCCAGUGGACCUCGGCCCGGCAGCACCACGCUGACUACAGCAACCAGCCAGACCCCGCCUCAGGCACCCGGACCUUGCACCCAAGGCGGCUGCUGCUUACCGGCCCGCCCCAGGUGGGAAAGACUGGCUCCUAUUUGCAGUUCCUCAGGAUCCUCUUCCGAAUGCUCAUCCGGCUCUUGGAGGUAGAUGUGUAUGAUGAAGAGGAGAUAAAUGCAGACCUCAAUGAAAACAGUGACGUGAGCCAGUCGGAGGGCGAGCCCUGGCCUGACAUUGAGACCUUCAGCAAAACACCUUUCGACGUCAGUGUGCACGACCCCAAGUACAGUCUGAUGAGCCUGCUCUACACGGAGAAGCUGGCUGGGGUCAAACAAGAAGGAAUGAAGGAGCACAGAGCUGAGGAGCCCCGGAAACGAGCAACCGUGUCUAUGAUGCUGACCCAGUACGCGGCCUACAACACCUUCCACCACUGCGAGCAGUGCCAGCUCUACAUGGACUCCGCCCCCACCUCCCAGAUGUCUGAUUCCACCCUUCAUGCAUUCACAUUCUCCUCUUCUAUGCUGGGAGAAGAAGUCCAGCUCUAUUUCAUCAUUCCGAAGUCCAAGGAGGGUCACUUUGUCUUCAGCAAGCGGGGCAGACGCCUGGAGAGCAUGCGGCUGCCGCUGGUUUCCGACAAGAAUCUAAAUGCAGUCAAGAGCCCUAUUUUCACUCCUUCCAGUGGUCGCCACGAGCACGGACUCCUCAAUCUUUUCCAUGCCAUGGAGGGCAUCAGCCACCUUCACCUCCUGGUGGUCAAAGAAUACGAGAUGCCACUCUACCGGAAGUACUGGCCCAACCACAUCAUGCUGGUGCUCCCUGGCAUGUUCAAUAACGCAGGAGUGGGUGCUGCUAGGUUCCUCAUUAAGGAGCUGUCGUAUCACAACCUAGAACUGGAAAGGAACCGCCUGGAGGAGCUGGGAGUCAAACGGCAGUGUGUCUGGCCUUUCAUCGUUGUGAUGGACGACUCCUGUGUCCUGUGGAACAUUCACAGUGCUCAGGAGCAAAGCAGCCAGCCCACAGAAGCAGGAAUUUCCAGUAAGAAUGUGUCCCUGAAGAGUGUCUUGCAGCAUAUUGAAGCCACACCAAAAAUUGUCCACUAUGCAAUCCUGGGCAUACAGAAAUGGAACAGCAAGCUGACUUCGCAGAGCCUAAAGGCCCCAUUCUCAAGAUGUCACGUGCAUGAUUUCAUUCUUCUCAAUAUAGAUCUGACUCAGAAUGUACAGUAUGACUUCAACAGGUAUUUCUGUGAAGAUGUUGACUUUAACCUGAGAACAAACAGUAGUGGCCUGCUCAUCUGCCGCUUUAAUAACUUCAGUGUCAUGAAGAAACACAUUCAGGCCGGAGGACAGAGGGACUUCAUCAUUAAACCAAAGGUCAUGGUUUCAGAGAACCUUGCUCCCAUCCUGCCCUUGCAGUACGUCUGUGCUCCUGACAGUGAACACACGCUCUUGGCAGCUCCUGCACAGUUCCUCCUGGAGAAGUUCCUUCAACACGCCUCAUAUAAACUUUUCCCCAAAGCCAUUCACAACUUCAAGAGUCCUGUGCUGGCCAUUGACUGCUACCUUAACAUUGGACAGGAGGUAGCCGUAUGCUAUGUCAGCUCCAGGCCCCACGCCAGCAACGUCAACUGUGAAGGCGUGUUUUUCAGUGGACUCCUCUUGUACCUCUGUGACUCUUUUGUAGGUGCUGAUCUCCUUAAGAAAUUCAAGUUUCUAAAAGGUGCUACCCUGUGCGUCGUCUGCCAAGACAGAAGCUCCUUGCGCCAAACAAUUGUCCGUUUGGAAUUAGAAGAUGAGUGGCAGCUCCGCCUCCGGGAUGAGUUUCAAACUGCCAACAGCAGUGAAGACAGGCCUCUCUACCUUCUUACUGGGCGUCAUGUAUGAGUUUCAGACUGCCAACAGCAGUGACGACAGGCCUCUCUACCUUCUUUCUGGGCGUCAUGUAUGAAUUUUUUUAACAGACCAAAAACAACAAACAAAUCCCUCCAGGGGAGGACGAACAUUUACUGGGGAUUUUUUUCCUUUAAAGUACAAUCACUGUGGAGCCAAGUGCAACAUAUUUAUCUCCUCUCCAAAGAACUCCCCAAAUGUGACCAAGGUCUUUGGGGGCACUGUCCUUCAGUUCCACUGACAGGACCUAGGUUCAGCCCAACACCACAGUGCGCAGUUAUGCAAUUGCUUAGGAUGUGCUCUGCGUGUGGGGGCCUGAGGGUACACUCUGAACAUGGGAGUUUGCAUUGUUUCUUUCUACUACACUAUGUUGGGGGUCAGGGGGACUGACUGUCUGCAUUACCAGCAUGAAUGUGUUACAUGAGACUCACACCACUGGUGUGGAAUUAAUUGAAGAUUAACACUUGAGGACUGAACCCUCAGUUUCUCUUCAGAUCUGUACUUUGGUACAGUAUUACUCAGGGGUCUGAAAUGAUAGAAUGUAGAAGAUAUUUGUAUUUAAAAAGAAGUAGCUUUGUCUUUCUCUGUGCAUUGUUAGUCGAAGAUUUAUAAUAUGUAUCAAACCCUUUGGCAAAAUUUCCACAGGAGUUAAAAGUUUACUAUUUAAACUGAACAAAAGAAAUUCAGUAAAUACUGAGCAGGCACUGUGUGCAUUUGUGAGGUUCUCUAGGCUUAAUUCCUUUGCUUUUCCAUUCCCAGUCUUUAAGCACACCAAGCCAGGAGAGCGCAGAAAGAACGCUGCUUUGGUUGGAAGUGAGCGGCUGGCACCUGUGUACCCACACAACAGGCUGGGAUUCUACUGUGGAAUCUAACUAGCUGGUUUCAUUGGCUCAAGCUUAGCAUCCUUUAAACGGACUAGAAGGUUACAGCUGUCUUGCACUGACCGACACAUAAAAAUGGGUGAAAUGGGAAAUAGAACCAUAGGCAAUUUUUUCUUAAUUAUUGACAUGUUUCCUGAGGAGUAAGGAAGACUCCACGAAGAGUCUUUUGGACUCACUAAAAUUAGCAGCUAGUGUGUGAUUAAUUCAACAGUAGUAGGUAUAAGUAUCGAUGUAUUUCUCACCACAUAUUUUAUUCAGAAACCUUUUGAGAAAAUAUUCUACGGUAAUCUAUUGGAAGUUUACACUUAAAAUUGCUGUAGUUCAUGGUAUCUUUUCACAUUCAGCCCAUGUGUAUGGUUGUACCUUCAGUUAAAAGGGUCAUUUUUACUUGAAUCUGUCUUAGGACCUGAGACUACUGAGAGCCCUAAUGAGCCUACAUUACUGCAAGUGUUACCUGAUGGGCUUGGUUAUCCAGGGAUAACAAUGAGUUUACAGCUUGUGACAAAAUAGAAUGUAUUAGAUGGAAAUGGUUUGCAGACCUCUUGGUUUUAAUAUAGCUACUUGUAGUGUCUUAAAUGUAUUUUAAAUGGAUAAUUCCUUUUAACCCCAUUUUCAAUUGUCCCUCAAAGGGGACCUUGCCUUAUUAUAUGCUUACUCCUUGGCUUUAGUACAGCAGAAUUUCAGCAAAGAGGUACAUUCCAGGGCAGUCUGACUUAGAUAUAAGUGUAUCCAACUUGUUCCUGUUUUGCUGAAAGGGUCCAAAUGCAGGUAAAACCCAAAAAGCCAGUUUGUGCAAUAUUCAGUAACACUAUGUAGGGUAAAUAAAAUACUUGAAAUAAUUCCACAGUAAUUGUGCGAGGGGCAGAGGCCUCUUUUCUUUUGGACUAAGUUACUUUAAUUGCAGGUACUCAGUGUUAGUUAGGGCUACACUCUGGAAAUUCAAGUGAUCAUGAACUAUAAAUACUAUUCAACUGUGUUCAAGAGAAAUGCCAGAAUAAAACCAAACGGCCAUCACUCCAACAAUUGUGAGGCUCAAUUUACCUGCUUCUUUUUCUCCAAAGCCUAACUUAAUUAAGGUUUGAUCUUUUAAAAUUACCUAAAUCAGUAUAAAUCUUUAGUGAAUGCUAGGUCCUCUUUAAGGAUGAGAUUGCACAAGCCUAGGCCACCAUGAUUUGUUAGUUCAUGUCUUGGUGUGUUUGACUUUAACCUCUUCCAUCCCUGAGGACACUGAGGUAGGGAAAAUAGACUCACUAAGUCACAUGGUAACUUACCUGCAGACCUUGGCAUGCAUGACAGUUCACACAGGUUAAUGCUGACUGUAAACUGUAAACUCUGAAAAGCUGUAGUCAAGUUUUGGCUGUAAUUCAUGCAACUGCUUCUUGUGAUUUUUAGAAAGGGGACACCUGUGUUACUUUGUUACUGUAAAAUUUUCUUAACCAAAAUUUGGUGAAUUUCACUAGUCAGUCUACCUCACAUUUCGUUUAUGACUCUAAGUUGUCUUAAGCUGUGUCUACAUUAUGUUCUUGUCCUUUCAUUUGGUGAAUGUAUUAAACUUCCCUCCCAUUCCUCAGCCACUAAAAAUGUUUGUUUUCUUUAAACCAAUUUUCUGUAUGUUAAAAGGUGAAAUAAGCUCCAUAUUUCUGUCAACAUCUAAGAAAGUCUGGUAUUGUACCUUGGAUGGCUCAAGAUUCUACUAUUUUGGCAUAACAAUUCAAGAAAAUACUAAUAGUUGAAUGAAAGCUAUAGCUUAACUAAAGAAGCCAUGUACACCAAAACCUCUACUGGAAAAGCUGUAGACCACUUCAUAUUUACAGAUGACAGACUUAUAUAGAAGGCAACUAUAUUCACUGUGGUAUCCU